CUUUUCGGGGCAAGUGUCUCUCUCUCUCUACAAAACACCACUUCCACUCUCAUACAUAUCGCCACUCCUCAUAAUUCAUUUUCGAUCACACUCUUCUCCUCCGCGAUGGAUACAGAAAUCGAACAGUUUGCUUCGCACGACUCCGGAGAAGCGUUGGCCGCUAAGAAAGCUAAGCACAAUGAGGAUGCCAUGGCCAAGGAUGUUGAGAACUCUAAUACUAUAAUGGGGUCAACAUCUGAAUCACUUAACUCAGACAAUCUUAAUGGGUCCAAUUCAGAUCCGUCAUAUCAAAAUGAUAAUGACGUUGAUGAUCCAGUUGAUGAAGGUGAAGAAGUUUGUGAUUUUGAAGAUGAUAAUGAUGAUUAUAUGUAUGAGGAUGACGAUGAUGAUUAUCUGAGUAUGCAAGCCCAAUUUGAUAACGUGGAUCUGCCUCCUGGGGUAGAGGCAUCGGUUUCUUGGUUGAACGAUCCUGCUCCAAGUGCAAAUACCCCAGCUUCUACUAGUACUUCGUCCCUGAGUGACGCUGUUGGUUCAUCCUUCAAAUUUUUUGAUCCUGCUGCUAGUAAGUAUGAAACUGCUGCUGCAAGCAGUUCAAUGGUUCUUGUGGAAUCAAGUUCUGCUGGAAAAGAGCAAGAGGAAAAAGAAAGUGAAGUUAUGAUAAAGUUUCAAAGUUUUAAACAGUUUGACACUGUUGAUGAUUUUUCGGAUCAUCACUUCAACGGUAUGGGAUUUUCAGGGCAGCAGCCUCCCAAGACUUGGACAAAGAGAAUUCAGGAUGAGUGGAAAAUCCUGGAGAAAGACUUACCUGAUACUAUAUAUGUAAGAGUUUAUGAAACAAGGGUAGAUCUUUUAAGAGCCGUAAUUGUGGGACCAGCAGGAACCCCAUACCAUGACGGUCUGUUCGUCUUUGAUGUUCUCUUCCCUCCUACCUAUCCUGAUAUACCCCCGAUGGUUUAUUACUAUUCUGGCGGACUUCGAUUAAACCCAAAUUUGUAUGAUUGUGGGAAAGUCUGCCUCAGCUUACUGAACACAUGGAGUGGUGACAAGAAUGAGAUGUGGAUGCCAAAGACAUCAACCAUGCUACAAGUCCUUGUCUCUAUACAAGCUUUGAUAUUGGUUCCAAGGCCCUUUUUUAAUGAGCCUGGGUACGAGGGUAUGUAUACUGGGGCAGAAGGAGAAACUAGAUCAAAGGCAUACAAUGAGGAUGUGUUUAUUCUAUCUUUGAAGACAAUGAUGUAUACUCUGAGGAGACCCCCAAAGUAUUUUGAGGACUUUGUUGCUGGUCAUUUUCGUGUUCGUGCACAUGACAUUCUGUCUGCAUGUAAAGCUUACAUGGAGGGUGCUGAAGUAGGAUCUUUCGACAAAGGAGUCCCCCAUUCUAAUACUGCACUAACAAACAGACCUGAUUUCAAGGCAGCAGUAGCUAGAAUGAUGAAUGGUCUAGUCAAUAACUUCAUGAAAAAUGGGUCGGAGGACUGCGAACAGUUCCGGAUCCAAUCCUGAUUUCUGUCGAGACUGAAGUUGGGGCAAAUAUGCGGCAGUUUAGGCCUUUUAGCUGCCUUUUCAUGCUUAUAUAUAUGGGUUUUCAAUGACAGUGCACAGAUACCAGUACAGAGGAUUGAUUAUCUUUUGGAACCCAAAUUGGUGUAUGUAAGGUGGGAUAGUUUUAGUUACAAUGCAUCACAUCUCUAAUUGAAAAUUAAUCUACCUUUCUUGUU